AUAAAUUUAUCGUUCUUGUAGUAACUUACUAAAAAAUAAAUUUACAGGGAUACUCAAGAAAAUCUACAAAUGUGUUACAUUAUUAUAUGAAGCUCUAUUAUAUUUGUAGAAGUUUAUAUUGAUGAUUAUUGGUUAAUAUUUUUUGUCAAGAUUGUUAUCUAAUAUGAGACUCUCAUAAUUAAUAAGUGAGUAUUCAAAUUAACAAAUUAUUCAAUCAUUUGAAAAGUGAAAACUGACUUUUGUGUAUGGGGAAAAGGAUGCACAACUCAAAUGGUUGUCAAAGUCACACUACAUAUGUAAUCUCAUCCUUCAUUAACCAAACCUAAUUAUCAAAUAAGUUUAAAAACUUAUUAAACCAAAUCAAUUAUUCAAAAUAAUUAAAUCUAAUAACUAUCGAUUAAAAUGAUUACUACAAAAACCAAAUCGUUUUAACACCGAUACCAACCCCCUUCAAAUCGAGCCACAGACGACCUCUGCUUGCUCCCCACCACGCAUCCCCGAAAAAUUUCCCACGGAAAAAAUCAUUACAUCAAAGGAAAAUAAACACGCACAAGGAAAAAAGAGCACUAUGCUAAAAGUUGAACAAAGUUAAUUUGAGAGAGAGAAACACGAAUCGUCAAUCGAGCUCGAGGAACUAAAGAAGUAAGAAACAAAAAAAAAAGGAAAUUAAAAGCAAUGGGAGACAGCGGUAGAAGGAUCGGCGUGGCAGUGGACUUCUCGCCAUGCAGCGUCAAGGCUCUGAGAUGGGCGAUCGACAACCUCGCUCGCGACGGCGACGACCUUAUCGUCGUCCACACCCGCCCCGCCGAAUACCACGAAUCCGGCGAGAUGCUGUUCUUUGAAACCACCGGCUCCCCUUUGAUUCCGCUGGUCGAGGUCUCCGAUCCGGCGAAGAUGAGCAAGUACGGUGUCAAGCCUGAUCCGGUGACUCUCGACAUCCUCAACACUGCUGCCAAACAGAAGAAGAUAAUUGUGGUGAUGAAGAUCUACUGGGGAGAUCCGAGGGAGAAGAUUUGUGAAGCCAUCGAUCGCAUUCCUCUCAGUUCCCUUAUUAUCGGCAAUAGAGGCUUCGGCAAGCUCAAGAGGGUGAUAAUGGGGAGCGUGAGCAACUACGUGGUGGAGAAUGGGACUUGUCCAGUCACGGUGGUGAAGGCUGGAGACCAUGAAUGAAGCUUGGGAUGACAAUUGCUAGUUUAAUUGUUAGUCAUUCCAAGGUUGGAACGAAGCUUGGCGUAUGGAUUUGUAGCUUUCUAGCUAGUAAAUUAAUAAGCCAGCGAGUGUAUGUUUUCCCUCCUUCUUGUCCUAGUUUAAUCCUUUUAUUAUAUAAAAGGUUAUUGACUUGUGUCUAUGCUUUGUAAGGGAAAGAGAGAGAUUGGAGUUUUGGCGGAAAAUGAUGUAUGUGAUCUUUUGAGUGAUGAUAUUUGAUGUAUGUGAUCUUUUGAGUGAUGAUAUUUUUUCCCCCUCACUUGCAUUACCAAGAAAUCAUAGAAAACAUACAACAACUCAAAAACCACCCAAAAGAAACCAUUGUCUAAAAUAAAAUAAAAAGCAACAUUUGCAGGACAAAAAGAAAGGGUAUUUUUAGCCACCAUAUGGUCACCCGAUUGUUCUCCCUACCAAUGUUCUCCCUACCAAUGAAGCCAAUGUUGAACGACUGGUACAACUAUCGCUGAUGCUCUAUCUCCUCCAAAAUCCUUCCCCCGAGCAUAUGACAAGAAUCUCGUCGCUGAAUCUUAUUGAGGACAUCCUCCGCAUCCCCCAAGAACGUUACUUCAGUGAGGCCCCCUCAAAGAGCACCACAGAAUAGCAUCACGAAACGCCACCAAUUCAACCAACCAUGGAUCUUGUAAGCCCAUAUAAUGAAAUCCUUUCAUGAACAUCACAUUUCCACCAGCAUCCACCACCACGAAACCUCCUGAUGCAUAAGAUCCCCUUGCUACAACCCCAUCCACAAAACACCGCAUCCCCGAAUGCACCCCCCCAUCCCUUGGCGUCGCCCCCAGCUAUCCCAUCACCUCGGCCCCCAUUCAUACUACUAGACAACCAUUCUCGUACCUGCUCAUUAUAUUGUCGCAGGACCACCGUACCCUCGUACUGAACAUGAUCAAACAAUGCCCAGUUCCUCGACUUCCAAAUCCGCCACAACAAGCACACAAACCUACAGAUCCUUUCAUCAUCAUUGUCCUGCUCUAUGAAGUCUCGAAAGAAAAACGCAAAAUUAAUCUUGGACCUGUUCUGCUGAGUAAUUCCCAGCCCUGGACCCUCCCAGAGCGCCACUGCCACCCUACACUCGAGGAAAAGAUGCUCUAGCGUCUCCAAAGGGGCCCAACAGACUGGACACCGUGAUAGACACUCCCCGCCCUUUUGAGUGAUGAUCUGAUCAAUUUCAUUUGGGUAAAUACAAUAUAUUAGUCACAAUUAUUAAGUAGCGGAGAAUUAUAACCACAACUAUCAAAAUAUAAAUUAUUAACCAAACGUUAAUUCUCUGUUAACAAUUCCGUUAGUAAUGCUAAUUAAGUUUUACGAUGCUGAGCUGACUCCCACGUGGUAGUCACCAUAUCAUAUUUUUUAAUUUUAGUUUUAUAAAAUAAAUUAUACAAUAAUUAUGAAAAGAAAAGAAAGAAAGGAAAAAUUCCGAAAAUUGAAAGAAAAAAUCGGUGGUGCUCCCUCUUCUUCUUCCUCCGCCCAUAUCUACAAGCGCUUAGUCCUCCCUCUUUUUCUUCCUCAUUUUUCCUCAUCAACACUACUUCGUCUUCCCGCCCCCUCCGCCAGGGCUUAGUCCUCCCUGUCAAGAACCAGCCGCUCCCAAUAACUCGAGUUGUUUGGAGAGGUUCAAUUGUGGAUCAUAUACAACAACACUAACCAGUUGGUCCCAAUAACUCGAGUUGUUGGGAGAAGUUUAUGCUGGAUCUUAUACCACACUCUAAUACGCCCCCUCAAACAAAAGCCAACUCAUGGG